UAAGCUCGGAGGAUUUGGAUUUGUUUCCAUAUUGUGUCGAAAACAAGAUACCCUAGGGUUUAGUGGUGUAGUAUAGUCAUUUUUAUUUUAUAUGUGGAUAAAAAAUUGUGGGAAACCCUAGACGAUAUAUCGUGGCUGUACGCCACGAACAAUCCCUUCUAGAAAAAGGGUUCCAUGGCUUCCUCGUCGCUACCUUUUGAUCUAGUAGAAGACAUCAUCUCUAGGGUUCCAAUCGAAUCCCUGAUACGUUUCAAAAGGACCAGCAAACAAUGGUACGCUCUCUGCAACGACAAGAGAUUCAUCUACAAGCACUUGGGUCUCUCGAAGAAAAGGUUGAUGCGGAUUUAUCUUGAUAAGGUUGAAAUCAUCAAUCCGGCGACCCUAGAUCUCUUAUGUCUACCAGUUCCAGCCGAGUUUAGUUCUGUUGCUCAAUCUUUUCUCAUGUAUGUCAUUCACUGCAAUGGAUUAUUGCUAUGCCGAUGGUACAACGGAAGAGGACCAAGGUACGGCGACGUUGCAGUUUGGAAUCCGGUUUUGGGCCAAGUCAAAUUUGUUGAAUCCAGUUCUCACCAACUAACUGAUAUAUACGGUUUUGGAUACGACAAGAACAACCGUGACAGCUACAAGAUUUUGAGAAUUAGUCGGUGGUAUUUGGAAGCUGGGGAAUUUGAGAUAUAUGACUUCAAGUCUAAACUCUGGAGAGUCUUUUCUGCUACUUUGGACUGGUCUAUGCCUUACCCCUAUCUAAAUGUGUCUUUGAAUGGAAAUAUGUAUUGGAUUGCUGAAACUAAGGGUAAUAGGAAUCCGAAAAGGUUCAUUCAGGGCUUCGAUUUUUCCAAGGAGACAUUCAAGCGCAUAUCUUGGUUUCCCUUUGAGGUGAGGCAAAGUGGUAUCGGACGUGCGAUUAUUGAUACAGUAGCCAUCUCAGGUUUUAGAGGAGAUAGGCUUUCUUUGUUUCGUCAACGCUUUGGAGACGAAACAAGGGAGAUGGAGGUGUGGGUCACAAACAAAGUGACUGAUGGGGUUGUCUUAUGGAGUAAGUAUUUUAAUGUGGCUCGCCCUGAUCUCCCCAUCUUAAACCCCCAUUUCUUCGAAUACGCACACAUAAAUGUACCGUCAUUCUUUACCGACAAGACCGAUUCUAUCGUGUUAUGGUGCGAUAAAGUUGUGGGAGAGGAUUAUGCUUGUACCAGCUUUUACGAAAUUGGCCAGGGUGGGAUCAAAAUACAAGUGACGGGACAACCCUUUAGAGGUAAAGGUGAACGUAACCCUUGUCUUUCCAACUUUGUUUACGUUCCAAGUCUGGUUCCCGUUCCAGAAUAA